AUGCAACAAAUUAGUCAAUAUAUUCAAGCUGGUGUUGGUGAAGCAACUCGUCUUGCGGGUGUCGCUCAAACAGAAAUCACCAAAGCUGCCCAACAGAAUAAUGUUAAUUCACCAUUACCUUCAGAUUUCUCAAGUGAAGUUGAAAAGGCCACAAAAAUUUUAAGUGUCUUCACUGUUCAAGAUUUAGAGAAACCUGGCAACACUGUAUCAAAUAUAAUUCCUAGAGAUAUCAUCAAGAAAGCCAAAGGACUAGCGGUCUUCACCAUCUUUAAGGCCGGUAUGUUUUGGUCAGGUCAAGUUGGCUCAGGUGUGGUGAUUGCACGUCUAGAAGACUCUGACGAAUGGUCUCCUCCAUCAUGUAUCAGUAUUGGUGGACUCGGUUUCGGAAUGCAAAUGGGAGCCGAUGUUAGCGAUUUCGUAAUAAUCUUAAACACUCCUGAAGCAGUCAAAGCAUUUAGUCGAGGCGAGAAUGUCACACUUGGCGGAAACCUUUCUGUUACCGCAGGCCCUGUUGGAGUCGGAAAGUCGGUUUCCGGUACCAUAUUAGAAGGAGCGCCGACCGCUCUAUACUCCUAUAGCAAAAGCAAAGGAUUAUUUGCUGGCGUUUCUGUUAAUGGAACUAUUUUGAUUGAACGUAAGGAUGCCAAUAAAGCAUUCUACAAAAAAGACGUUACCGCGGAGCAAAUCUUGACCGGUCAAGUUGAAGUUCCCGAAGGUCAAAAUAUUAGCGAGUUAAUUGAAGUCAUCAAGAAAGCCGAGUCUGUUGAAAUUCCAGAAGAAACAGAAACAGAAACAGAAACUAGUGCCACUAUUGGAUAA